UUUAUCUUUGUAAAAUGUCACAAUAUUUGAAUACUAUAAUACUUUAGAACCGUGUAAACUUUGAUGUGUUAUAUCAUUUGUGUGUGAUAUAAAAGACUUCUAAUUAGGGAUAAAUAAAAUAUUUAAAAAUUAGUUUAAUCUUCAAAAUAAAUCACUUUUUUAAAAAAUAAGAAGAAUAAGUUCAUACAAAUUGAAAUGGAUAAUAUAUGUGUGAACAUAGGCCGUGUUCGGAGGAAGAAAAAUGUUUCUUAGAAAAAAGUUUGAUUUCUUAAUUAAAGAAACUUUUGAUUUUUGUGGUUUUAAAUUAAAGUUAUGUCAAAUAUAUUAAAAUUUUCUUCAAUCUUGUGAUUUUAAGUAUGCCAUGUGUAAAGUUGAAAUUAAAGUAUUAUCAAAAAAUAAAAUCAUAUCAUUCAUUUUGAAACAAACUAAAAAAAUAAAUAAAUCAUUUUUUGUGAAACGGAGGGAGUAUAAUUUAGUAAAAUAUUAUUCGUGUGAGAUAGGCUGAAAUUGAGAUUCGAGAGUGAGAAGAGGGAAGAGUUGGGGCAAUGGAUGAAAAGGGGGUUAAUUAAACUGAAAUGUCAGUUACACAAUUUAAAUUUUGGUGUUUGAUUGAAAAAAAGAAAAUACUCAAUUAUCUGAACUAUAUCUAAAAAGUUUAUACACAUCUUCACUUAAAGAGGUUCUAUUAUCCCUCUGAACUAUUUAAAAGUGUAAUUUUGAUACCUUUAGUGCCUAUAUGACGCAUAUGUGUCACACAUGUGUGUUUACAUGUAUACUUCAGUAUGUUGUGCCACGUAAGUAUUAAAAGUAUCAAAAUUAUACCUUUAAAUGGCUCAGAGGUAAUAUGACUUUUAAGUUGAGGUGUACUAUGGACUUUUUUAGGUAUAGUUGAAGGGUAAUUGGUAUUAUCUUUUAAGAAAAAAGAGAAAAAAGUCAUUUUCGCUGAAUUUGUUAAUUUUCUUAUUUAUAAUAUGGGUAUUACUGUAAAAUAGAGCAAUUUGUCAUUCGGGUAAAUAGGAAGGUUGGGUGAAGUGAGGUGGUAGCAUGAAUCGGUCUCGACGUAUUUCUCUGUCCACGCAAAGGCACGUACCCAACAUUUCUUCCGAUCGCUUUCCUCUUAACGACAUCGGGCGUAGCACGUUGGAUCAUUCAGAAAAUAAUGUGGGUGUUUUACCUGAUAUCGUUACCCUUCACCAUGGGAAUGGUUGCUCUAACGCUUUGGUACUUCGCCGGACCUGACGUACCUCGUUACGUUCGUUUCACCGUCGGUUACACCUGGUUCUGCUCUCUCUCUAUCAUCAUCCUUGUUCCCGCCGAUAUCUGGGCUACGCUAUCGAAUCAUGAUACGGGACAAAUAUCUUUCUUUUGGAGCUGGUCGUAUUGGAGUACUUUCUUACUCACUUGGGUAGCGGUGCCUAUACUUCAGGGUUAUGAAGAUGCAGGGGAUUUCACUAUAACUGAAAGACUGAAGACUAGUGCACAUGCAAACUUAAUUUUCUACUUAUGCGUUGGAGCCAUCGGGCUUUUUGGACUUGUCUUGCUCAUUGUUGUUCAAGAAUACCGGAUAGGAAACAUUCCUGGUUUUGCCAUGGCUUGCUCCAAUACAUUUGGUCUCGUCACUGGUGCAUUUCUUCUUGGCUUUGGUCUAAGUGAAAUUCCAAAAGGCAUCUGGAGGUGUGCAGAUUGGACACCUCACCAAAAGAUUCUCUCACACAAGGUGGCCAAAAUGGCCGUCAAACUUGAUGAUGCUCAUCAGGAAUUUUCAAAUAUUAUAGUAGUAGCCCAAGCCACGUCAAAACAGAUGUCAAAGCGUGAUCCUUUGAGACCUUACAUGAAUGUCAUAGACAAGAUGCUGAGUCAGAUGCUUAGCGAAGACCCCUCUUUUAAACCACAAGGUGGAAAUUUAGGAGAAAAUGAUAUGGAUUAUGACACUGAUGCAAAAACAAUGGCUGCACUUAGACGUACACUCGAGAUAGCUCGAGAGAAAUACUACCGGUACAAAAGCGAGUAUAUGAAUUUUGUAACUCAAGCGCUUGAACUGGAAGAUACCAUAAAGAACUUUGAGCACCGUAAUGGCACUGGAUGGAAAUACAUAUCAAGCUUCCGGCCUGAAAGAAGUGGAAGAUUAGGAUCUAUGCUGGACAUGACAGAGUUGAUUUGGCGUUGUGUAUUGGAAAAAAAACUUCAGAAAGUUUUGGCGAUCCUUUUAGGCUGUAUGUCAGCUUCUAUACUUCUCGCCGAGGCAACAAUUCUACCAAGUGGAGUUGAUUUAUCUCUCUUCUCUAUUCUGAUUAAUGCCACAAAAAAGGACGAGAUGCUUGUACAGGUUGCUUCGUUUGUUCCUUUAAUGUAUAUGUGUAUGUGCACAUACUAUUCCUUGUUCAAAAUAGGAAUGUUGACAUUUUAUUCAUUGACUCCACGACAAACAAGUUCAGUCAGUUUGCUUAUGAUAUGCUCGAUGGUUGCACGCUAUGCUCCUCCUAUUUCAUACAACUUUCUCAACCUUAUCCAUCUUGACAACAAUGCAAAGACUAUCUUUGAAAAGAGAAUGGGGAAUAUUGAUGAUGCAGUCCCAUUCUUUGGAAGAAGUUUCAAUAAAAUUUAUCCACUUAUUAUGGUCGUCUACACCUUAUUGAUUGCGAGCAACUUUUUUGAUCGGGUCAUUAGCUAUUUUGGGAACUGGAAAAUUUUCAAAUUCCUGAGUGAAGAGGCUGAUGAUUUGGACGGAUUUGAUCCCUCAGGACUCAUUAUUCUGCAAAAAGAACGUUCUUGGCUUGAGCAAGGACAUAAAGUAGGUGAACUUGUUGUUCCAUUGGCAAGGAAUUUCCAAAAUGCAAGUUUGGAUCUUGAAUCUGGCAGCAAUAAUGUGCUCCAUGAAACAAAACCACCGACAAGACUAAGGGAAGAAGAUGAUGUUAGCCAUUCAAAACCUAUCAAAGGAGAGGCACAACAUGAGAGCAGCAAAGAAGAGAUUAGUGCAAAGCACAAAGCAAAAAGAGCAAGACAGAUGAAGAGAGAGAAUAGCAUAAGUUCAAAUGGGAGGAGCAAGGACCGACCCUUGUCUUCACGGGAUGAAAACUCCAUGAUGGGUAUUCAAGCUCAACCUUCUAGAGACUUAUCCUCGACUUGGAGAUCAAUGCAAACAGGUUUUCGCAACUUCAAGUCUAACAUGGAAUCGAAGGGAUUCAUCCCUUUACAUCAAUUUCAAGAUGCAGGCCACAGUCGUGCUUCCUCAACUGACUCCCUGGAUGAAAUAUUUGAUAGGAUAAAAAGACCAGGUUCAGAGUCCAGAAACUAUGACAGUGAUGAUGAUUUGUAUGAAGGUUUGAAAAAUUCAAAGCCAAGUAGAUAAUAUAUGGAAAAAAGGAAUUGUCAGAGAGCAGCCUACCAAUUUUGCGCGAGAAUCAGGGUAUUGGUUGUAAAGUUUGUUCAAUAUUCUUUCUCCUAGUAGUAGGUUUCUGCACUGCAGAUGUUUUUGGCGUCUGUUUCAUUGUAACAGGUUGUAGCAUAGUCAUUUCUCAACCAUACAUAUAUAGAUACAGAAAAGCAUAUGACCCUCAGCUUGGAUACUUCGGAAGAGUAGGAAACUCGAGAGUUUCUGUAAUGGAUUGAUAUUAAUAGUAAAUUUAUUGUCGCUGUAUCGACGCAUCGGUUAUGUCAUGUACCCUAUGUCUUUUCAUA